AGAAGUUGAGCCUGAGAACAGGCUGUUUUAAAGACAGGGAGGGACUUAGCUUUUCGGAGCUUGACCAGCAUGUGGAAGGAGUGUUCUCAUGGCUGCAAUAACUUAGGGAGCUCCUACCUGGGUGCCACUGGAGUAGGGAGUUUUCUGUUUGUUUUGUUCUGUUUCUGAGGGCCCUGUGCACUUCUCUUGCUCAUGUCAAUGUGACUCUUGGUGUUUUUUGCACACCCUGCUCUGUGGGGGAGUGCCCCAACGUGCCUGUCUCAUGUGGCCUCUAUGGACACACUGCUCAGCUGGCAGAGAGCAAGGAAGUUUUCUCCCAGCACCCAAAAAGAGAAAGAGGAAAGUACUUUUUCCUUCUGGGCUCCUUGCAGCACAAUAGAUCAGGAUAAGCUUCCACAUUCUCUCCCUGGAUUUCUGGAGUGGUUUCCAGGAACAAGUUAAACUUUCACCUUUAAAUGGAUGACCAUGUCACAAUCAGGAGGAAACAUCUUCAAAGACCUAUCUUUAGACUAAGAUGCUUAGUGAAGCAGCUGGAAAAAGGUGAUGUUAACGUCAUAGACUUAAAGAAAAAUAUUGAAUAUGCAGCAUCUGUGUUGGAAGCAGUUUAUAUUGAUGAAACAAGAAGAUUGCUGGAUCCCGAUGAUGAGCUCAGUGACAUUCAGUCAGAUUCCGUCCCCUUGGAAGUCCGGGACUGGUUGGCUUCUACCUUUACGCGAAAAAUGGGGAUGAUGAAAAAGAAAUCUGAGGAAAAACCAAGAUUUCGGAGUAUUGUUCAUGCUGUUCAAGCUGGAAUUUUUGUGGAAAGAAUGUACAGAAAGUCCUAUCACAUGGUUGGCUUGGCAUAUCCAGAAGCUGUCAUAGUUACAUUAAAGGAUGUUGAUAAAUGGUCUUUUGAUGUAUUUGCCUUGAAUGAAGCAAGUGGAGAACACAGUCUAAAGUUUAUGAUUUAUGAACUAUUUACCAGAUAUGAUCUUAUCAACCGUUUCAAGAUUCCUGUUUCUUGCUUAAUUGCCUUUGCAGAAGCUUUAGAAGUUGGUUACAGCAAGUACAAAAAUCCAUAUCACAAUUUGAUCCAUGCAGCAGAUGUUACUCAAACUGUGCAUUACAUAAUGCUUCAUACAGGUAUCAUGCACUGGCUCACUGAACUGGAAAUUUUAGCAAUGGUCUUUGCCGCUGCCAUUCAUGAUUACGAGCAUACAGGAACUACGAACAACUUUCAUAUUCAGACAAGGUCAGAUGUUGCCAUUUUGUAUAAUGAUCGUUCUGUUCUUGAAAAUCACCAUGUGAGUGCAGCUUAUCGACUUAUGCAAGAAGAAGAAAUGAAUGUCCUGAUAAAUUUAUCCAAAGAUGACUGGAGGGAUCUUCGGAACCUAGUGAUUGAAAUGGUUUUAUCUACAGACAUGUCAGGACACUUCCAGCAAAUUAAAAACAUAAGAAACAGUUUGCAGCAGCCUGAAGGCCUUGACAGAGCCAAAACCAUGUCCCUGAUUCUCCACGCAGCAGACAUCAGUCACCCAGCCAAAUCGUGGCAGCUGCACCACCGAUGGACCAUGGCCCUGAUGGAGGAGUUUUUCCUACAGGGAGAUAAAGAAGCUGAAUUAGGGCUUCCAUUUUCCCCGCUUUGUGAUCGGAAGUCGACGAUGGUGGCCCAGUCUCAAAUAGGUUUCAUUGAUUUUAUAGUAGAGCCAACAUUUUCUCUUCUGACAGACUCAACAGAGAAAAUUAUUAUUCCUCUUAUAGAGGAAGCUUCAAAAACCCAGAAUCCUUCCUAUGGAGCAAGCAGACGAUCAAAUAUGAAAGGCACCACGAACGAUGGAACCUACUCCCCUGACUACUCCCUUACAAGCGUGGACCUGAAGAGCUUCAAAAACAACCUGGUGGACAUCAUCCAGCAGAAUAAAGAGAGGUGGAAAGAAUUAGCCGCUCAAGGUGAACCUGAUCUUCAUAAGAACUUAGAAGAUCUAGUAAAUGCUGAAGAAAAAUACGCUGAGACACAUUCAUAGAUUUGAAACAACUUUUAAGGCUUCUGUCAUUUUAAAUAUGAGAGGAUAAUGAGAACAGCACUAAAAUAUCCUAAAGCUUCAAUUUUCCACAAACCCAGAUUCUCCUCUUUGAACAUACAUUUGGAACAGGCCAUUUUUAUGGACUUAUAUAAGGAAUUAAAGGAACAUAAAUUCUGAGCUAGUAAUUCUAGCUAAAUAAAUACACUUAAAGUUGCUAUUAAGAGAUUUUGGCCAGUGCUUCUGCCAUUGUUCUUUCUCCACAAUUUGGCCUUCUUCAAUCAAGCCAGAGAAAUUUUUAAGACAAAGUUGGACCGUUUUAAGUUUUCAUCACUUUGAAUCCAGUUACGGCAUACGUGCAGAAGAUGAGGCAUUUUUAGAAUUUACUUUUGUGCAUUAUUUUACACAGAGGCUGUAACUACCAGUUUUUUAAGAUGUUAAGUAAAAGCAAAAACAAAAUUUUGGGAAAAUACCUUUUGCAUCUCUGAGGCUAUUUAGAUUGUCCUUGUUAUUUUAAAUACAUGGGAACAAAAUGAGAGGUGUGAGAGGCAUGUCUGCUCAGAAGCUGAAGUUGAAGUCCUAUGACACAGUGGAGACUCGAGCCCUGGCUCUGUCACCUGAUGAACUCUUCAUUGUAACUCUCAAGCUGAGAAGCUGCAGUGAAACUUGUCCCUAAAAGCAGUGAACCAGGCUGCACCCAUCCCCGUGGUUUCAAAGCACUAGCACAUCACCUACGUGGGUGUCAUCAUAAUGCAAGUCACACAUUACCUAGGAUCCAAGAGGAUGAGAACCUUCAGCCAUUGUUGGAGACAGACACUAGAACUGAGAAUGGAAUUUGCCUUCUGGGGUAUUGAUCCCACCAAGAUGUAACAAAAUAUAUUACAGGCCAAGGGAUAAAUGACAAGAAGUGUAUGUGAGUAUGUGUGUGUGUGUGUGUGUGUAUUCAAAAAUGUCUAUGAAAAUAGAAGUCUAUACUUUACAGAUAACAUUAUUUGAUGUGGCUUUAUAAUUUUACUACAAAAAACCAACUGCAACCCUUGGAGACAGCUUCUUUGUCAUGUUUUGCCUGAGCAUGUGCAGAGCCUUGCCGUUGCUCCAAACUAAAGAACUACCUUUAUUUGUUAUUAGCUGACAAGAAAAGUCAAGCACAAGUAGGUUGUAACUUUUCUCUGUGCAAAUACUUCAAUGAUUGUGAGCCCAAGUGAAUUUGUCUUUGUGAAAGGCAUAAAUUGAAUGGAAAAAAUCAAGAGUAGCCAUCAAUUAAAGAAUAAAACAAAGGUGGGUAUGUCUAUCCUAAUAAGUUUUCUGUGGCACAUGCUUCUUCUCUGGGUUCCACGAUGUUAAGCAAUAUUUUAGAAAUGGAUGCAAUCAGAAGCUUUUAUGUCUAAGUAGUGGGAUUUUAUAACUCACAACUUAGAUCUCUUUUCAUGCGUAAGCCAUAUUCUAUAUGCAUAUUAGGUAUGCAUUCUAAUUUAAGAUAUAUUGUGCAUAGACUGUGCAUAAGAUGCUUUUAAAUGUUUUGUGAAUAAGGUCCUCACCUUUUGUUUCACCUGAAUCUUAUGUAGAACACAGCUAAAUAAUUGAAUUGUAUCAUAUACAUUAUAAUGGAAUUGAUUUUUUAAAUGUAAGCAGUAAAGAUUGGUCUAUAAUGAUGUGUUGGGGGAAAUUUAUAGAUAUGUACAUCGUGGUAACUUUUUGUCCUUUAACAAUGGACUUCUUGUUUCUAUUUAUGGAGAAACUGCAACUAGUGCUUUUAAUGUCUUUUUAAGGUAGCUACUUACAAGCUAGAAAAUAUUCUGCAUUUAAAAUAGAGUCUAACUAUCUGGGAAGUCUAAUUACUAUUGUUCCUAUUUGAGCCACUUGUCUUUUGGUAAAGCUAUAGGAUCUCUCAACAGAGAAGUAAAUUGAAACACUGCUUCUUAAUUGUCAUAGGAAACGUCCACUUUGUUCUUAUUAAUACUUUAAGAUAUAUAGGCUUUAUUACAUUUUAAAAUAGAGGAAUAUAAUGAAUUCAUCAUUUUAUGUAUAUGGCUUAAACCUAAUUUUCCAGGUUAUGUAACUUAUAGAGUGCUGUGACUGAACUUCCAGGGGAGUGGAGAAAACAUUUUCCGUCUCCUCAGAAGAGUUGUCACACCAUUGAUGUACUUUUUCUUUUGCUAAUCUCCCUCCCUUGCUUCCUCUUUCCCUCCUUCCCCUCCCCUCUCUACUUAUUUCCUUUGUAUCUUCCUUAUUCCCUCCUCUCUCUAAGAGCCACUAAUUAGUGUUAAUUGGCAGAAAGUCAGAGCAGAGGGUACCAGUGCCCAUCCUUCUGUAAGCAUUCAUGUUGAAUCCAUCUCGAAGAGAGGAAUGGAUGAAUUAGACUGCUGCGCCUUAAAUGUCCUGUCUGGCAUUUGUAUCCUCAGCUACCCAACAUAUAACAAUUUCAUAUGCCUUUUUAUUUAACCAGUAUCUCUUUUAUUUAAUUUUUAACAUGGCAAGCUACAAUUCUUGUGUUUUUAUUCUGCUGUAAUUCUCUGUAUUUCCUAUUGUAUAUGAUUGCUAAAUAAAUCAUAC